CGUAUCUUUUUCUAUCGUUCUCAUUUCUUAAUGUCUCAACAAAGGUAGUUUCUCUUCUCUUCUUUCAUUCAUUCUCCCUAUCUAUAUCACUCUCUUUUUCUCUUUGUCUUUCUAUUCUACUAUCAUUUUUCUUUCCUACUUCAACACUUUUCACUCCCUAGCUACCGCAUCCUUAAACUUCCAACCACCAUUUAUUUCUUAGCAUCAUAUACAUAUACUUUCUUUCUAAACUUCAAAAAGAAAAAAUGUUACUAAGAAGCUAUAGUGCACCAAUUCCAAGUUCUUUCCUUCCACACUCAAUGGAAUCUUCUUCUGAACAAGAACUCAAUCACCACCUUCCUAGAACACUUGCAAGUCCAAGACAUAAAAAAACUGCACCACUUCUUAAGAAUCAUCAUCAAGAAGAAAUAGAACAAAAAUUUCACAAGAAAAAAACAACACCUUCAAUGAGAGAACUGUUUUCAAGUUCUAGUUUAGAUAAGCAAGUUUUGUAUCAUGACGAAGGUGGUAAGAAAGUUGGAAAGUUGCAAACUUUAGUAAUGGGUGGUGGUGGUAUGGGGUGUGAUGGUGGAAGUAUUUGUGGUGGUUGUAAUGGUAGUGGAAGAGAUUCAGGUGGUGGAAAUGGAAAUGGAUGGGAAAAUAAUUAUGGUAGAGAUGAAACUGAUGCUUAUUACCAGAAUAUGAUUGAAGCAAACCCAAAUAAUUCUCUUUUACUUGGAAAUUAUGCCAAGUUUUUGAAAGAGGUGCGUGGAGAUUAUGGUAAAGCAGAGGAGUAUGUUGAAAGAGCCAUUUUGGCUAGCCCUAGUGAUGCUGAUGCUUUAUCACUCUAUGCUGAUUUAAUAUGGCAAACAGAGAAGAAUGCUGAUCGAGCUGAAGCCUAUUUUGAUAGAGCUAUUCAAAGUGAUCCAAAUGAUUGCUAUGUCUUGGCUUCAUAUGCAAAAUUCCUAUGGGAUGCUGAAGAAGAUGAAGAUAAUGACUGCCAACAUAAAACUGAUAAGAGCCAUACACAUUCACCUGAUCUUUUUCUAGGAGCUAAUGGUCGUUCUCAUGUCACUGCAGCCUCUAAAAUCUAACCUCUCUGCUUCUUCUGAGUGAAGUUGGUUAUCUUUUAUUAGUCAAAUGACACUUAUGGGCUACAAAACAAUCACUCACUGCAUGUCCUUUUCAUCCCUUGAAAAUGGGAAUUGAUUAUGGUUGAUUAGUAGAGGUGAUUUUAUAGUUGUAAAUAUAUAAUAUAGCUUAUGUUAUGCAAUAAUAUAAGAGAAUGUAGGAUUGUAAGCCACUGAGAAUUCCACUGUUGUAUCUUUUGAAAAUAUAUGAAUUUUUUUGGUAGAGAA